AUGGAAAGAAAGAUUUUUGGUUAUUCACAAUCCCGCGUUGGACCAAAAAAGGUUGCACUAAUGGGAGUUUUGCAGAGAUUGGCUGACUUCUUAAAGGGCAUGAUUGCUUAUCCAAUAAUUUUUGAUUCUGUUUUGUGUGAGUGUCAGCGCUCACCUUUUGAUUUUUCUGAAUAUGAAAACGACCUAGUUUUUUUAUGA